CCCGAUCAGUAUAUUGUUGUACGUCUUAUUCGAUUGUUGUGGAUUUAACCAACAGUCUUUGCGUGCCGGUUCAAUUGAAUAACAUUAAUUUUUGUGAUUAUGAAAUCGAUGUUGUAAAUGGUAAACUGAAACAGUGAGAGUUUGCUUUGUGACUUUUUGUUUUUAUUUCGGUUUUGUUGUGCUUUUCAGCGUUGCGUAGUGUUUUUGGAUGUAAAAAGUGAUAUUAAUCAAUUAAAAGUAAAAAAAAAAAAACGUUUUUGUUGUUAUCGAUCGAAAUUUGCGUGUUAAAUAACUAUGGGUUCAGCGAACUGCAAAGCUUGUUCUUCAACAAACGCUGCCGAUGAUGUGAAUGGCACGAUAAAAACAACCAGCGACGAUGGACCGAUUAAACAACAACCGGAAAUGGACUACGUGGAACAGGACAUUUGCGGCGUUGACGACAUUUCCGAAAAUCAAAUGAAGCAAUUCGACCUGGGCGAAUCGCGAGUAUUAUUGAUCAAGCAGAAAGGAGUCUUGUCGGCGAUUGGCACAAAGUGUUCCCAUUACGGUGCUUUAUUAUCCACUGGUGCAUUAGGUGAUGGCAGAGUUCGUUGCCCAUGGCACGGUGCUUGUUUCAACAUCCGUACUGGUGAUAUAGAAGAUUUUCCCGGACAGGACUCAAUACCGUGCUACAAAGUGAACGUUGUUGAGGGACAGGUUCGAGUCCGUGCUAGGCGUAGCGACUUGGAGGCGAAUAAACGGGUGCGCGACAUGGUAAAAUACGAUCCGACCAACGAGCAAUGUUUCGUCAUAGUCGGUGGUGGCCCGUCCGGUGGUAUUUGCGCAGAGACGCUUCGUCAACAAGGUUUCACCGGUCGAAUUGUGAUGGUGUGCAAAGAGGCGUAUUUACCGUACGAUCGCAUCAAGGUCAGCAAAGCGAUGGACUUUAACAUACACAAAACGGAAUUCCGAACGAAGGACUUUUACGAGGAGUUUGGAAUUGAAGCAAUGACCGGUGUUGAAGCGACUAGAGUCGAUAGUGCAAAUAAAAAGGUUACCUUGAGCAACGGCUACAUCAUCAAAUAUGACAAGAUGUACGUUGCGACUGGUUCACAAGCGAAAAAAGUUCCUGUUCCCGGAGCCGAUUUACAGAAUGUGAUGACAAUGCGAAAUUACGAGGAUGCGGCUCAUGUGCAGUCAUUACUGACGCCUGAUAAACAUGUUGUGUGCCUUGGUCUCAGUUUCAUUGGUCUGGAAGCGGCUGCGUAUUGUGUAAAUAAGGUGGCUAAGGUAACGGUGGUGGGCCGCGAUUCCGUCUUAUUGCGACACAGUUUCGGACCGGAAGUCGGCAAACGCAUCCAGGACAUGUUCGAACAGAACAACAUCGAAUUCAUCUUGGAAAAUGGUAUUAAACGAUGCAUAGGCACCGAUGGUGUGGUAACAGCCGUUGAAUUGAACGAUGGACGGCAAUUGCCAUGCGAUAUUUGCAUCAUGGGCACCGGAUCGAGUUUGUACACGAAAUUCUUGGACAAUUCGGGCAUCAACGUUAACAAAGAUGGUUCCAUCAACACAAAUCUCUAUCUGCAGACGAACGAUCCGGAUGUCUACGUUGGCGGUGAUAUUGCAAACGCCCCAGUUUAUUCCAUCGGCAACAAGCUGGCCACCAUUGGUCACUAUCCUCUCGCUCAGUACCACGGUCGAAUGGCUGGAGUGAAUAUGGCUGGCACGGCAACGGAAAUACGUUGCGUUCCGUACUUUUGGACCGUUUUGUUUGGGAAGUCGUUCCGAUAUUCGGGAUAUGGUGUGCCGCAUGAAACUCAAAUCGAAGGCAGUCUGGAGGACCUUAAGUUUGUGGCUAUUUAUUACGAUAAGGAUGGUCGUGUGUGCGGAAUGGCGAGCUGUCAACGGGAUCCGAUUGUGUCGCAGUUCGCUGAACUGCAAGCACAGGGAAAGAGUUUGCAUAAAGCUAAUCUCACAGCGGAUCCGUUCGGUUGGACCAGUGAAAUUGUUCCGAAGUCGUAAAUGGUCGAACGGAGUGACAUUGUCCCUUACAAUACCCUUACAGACGUGCUACAAAACUGUUGUUUUCAUUAAAAUUUAUUUAUUUAAUCAAA